AUGGAAAAGUAUAUCCGCUUCGAAUUGCAAGUCAUUGAACAGCCGUCAGAGGGCAGGAUUGUGCACCAUAUGGAAGUCGAAUAUACCUUUUCUCGACCACGCCGAUACCUUCCCUGGAAGACUACAAAUGCCAAGCUGGCGUGUCAGACUUUUAUUUAUGGUAUUGGUUCGGAAGAGUCUACCCAGCUCGCUAAACAGCAGGGUCACAAAAAGUUUCAAACACAUAGACAAGAGGAUGAGAUUUUUAUUUUUGCGUAA